CCUGUUUCAGCUUCUUCUGGAGAUAACUGUCCGUUGUACAGGAAUGAGUGACAGUACAGGACAGUCCUUAACAGCACUUUCCUGCGCUUGCCUCUUCAGUUUGGUAGCUGCAUGGGGAGAGACAGGAAGAACAUUGCAAGCGAUCUCUGCUAUCCUCACCAAUAAUGGCAGCCACGCAUGUCAAACUAUUCAGGUGCCAACAAUUUUAAAUUCUCUUCAGCGGAGUGUACAGGCAGUUUUGGUUGGCAAAAUACAAAUCCAGGACUGGUUCAGUAAUGGGAUAAAGAAGGCAGCCUUGAUGCACAAAUGGCCAUUGAAAGAAAUAUCUGUGGAUGAAGAUGACCAGUGCCUACUUCAGAGUGAUGGUUUCUUUCUCUAUCUCUUAUGUAAAGAUGGACUUUACAAGAUUGGCUCUGGAUAUAGCGGGACAGUGAGGGGCCAUAUAUACAAUUCUACAUCUCGCAUCAAAAACAGAAAGGAAAAAAAGUCUUGGUUAGGCUAUGCUCAGGGCUAUUUAUUAUAUAGAGAUGUGAACAAUCACAGUAUGACAGCCAUAAGAAUAAAUCCUGAAACUUUGGAGCAGGACGGUGCAGUUGCUUUACCAGAUUGUCAUACUGAAGGGCAGAAUAUUCUCUUCACUGAUGGAGAAUAUGUUAAUCAAAUAGCAGCAUCUAGAGAUGAUGGCUUUGUAGUGCGAAUAUUUGCAACAAGUACUGAGCCAGUGCUGCAACAAGAACUGCAGCUUAAGCUUGCAAGAAAAUGCUUACAUGCCUGUGGCAUCUCACUGUUUGAUCUUGAGAAAGACUUGCACAUUAUCAGUACAGGGUUUGAUGAGGAAUCAGCUGUCCUUGGUGCUGGAAGAGAGUUUGCACUUAUGAAAACUGCUAGUGGAAAGAUUUAUUAUACUGGUAAAUAUCAGAGCCUUGGAAUCAAACAAGGUGGUCCUUCAGCAGGAAAAUGGGUUGAACUACCCAUCACAAAAUCUCCAAAGAUUACUCAGUUCUCUGUUGGACACGAUGGUUCACAUGCCUUACUUGUUGCGGAUGAUGGAAGUAUAUUCUUCACAGGUUCUGCUAGUAAAGGAGAGGAUGGCGAAUCAACAAAAAGCAGACGACAGUCAAAACCGUAUAAGCCUAAAAAAAUCAUCAAAAUGGAAGGAAAGAUUGUGAUAUCUACAGCUUGCAAUAAUGGAAGCAGUUCUGUAAUUUCAAAAGAUGGAGAACUCUACAUGUUUGGAAAAGAUGCCAUUUACUCUGAUAGUACAAGUUUAGUAACAGAUUUGAAAGGCCAUUUUGUGACUCAAGUAGCCAUGGGGAAAGCUCACACCUGUGUGCUAAUGAAGAAUGGAGAAGUUUGGACAUUUGGUGUAAAUAAUAAGGGACAGUGUGGACGAGACACAGGCUCCAUGAGCCAGGGAGGAAAAGGCUUUGGAGUUGAGAACAUGGCAACAGCAAUGGAUGAAGAUCUAGAAGAGGAACUGGAUGAAAAAGAUGAGAAAUCCAUGAUGUGCCCACCAGGCAUGCAUAAAUGGAAGCUGGAGCAGUGCAUGGUGUGCACUGUUUGUGGAGACUGCACAGGCUAUGGAGCUAGCUGUGUUAGUAGUGGUCGUCCUGACAGAGUUCCUGGAGGAAUCUGUGGCUGUGGCUCAGGUGAGUCGGGCUGCGCUGUAUGUGGCUGCUGCAAGGCAUGUGCUAGAGAACUGGAUGGCCAGGAGGCAAGGCAAAGAGGAAUCCUUGAUGCUGUAAAAGAGAUGAUACCUUUAGAUCUCUUAUUAGCUGUCCCAGUUCCAGGAGUUAAUAUUGAAGAACACCUACAGUUACGGCAAGAAGAAAAGCGGCAGCGUGUAAAUAGGAGACACAGACUAGAAGAAGGAAGGGGCCCCCUUGUAUUUCCUGGUCCUAUUUUUAUGAACCAUCGAGAACAGGCUCUAGCCAGAAUCAGACCCCAUCCAGCACAGCUAAAGCCUAAGCGGGACAAGCACAAAGACGGAAGUGGAGAAAGAGGUGAGAAGGAUGCAAGCAAAAUUACAACCUAUCCACCAGGGGCUGUUCGCUUUGACUGUGAGCUGCGAGCUGUACAAGUCAGUUGUGGAUUUCACCAUUCAGUGAUUUUGAUGGAGAAUGGUGAUGUUUACACAUUUGGAUAUGGACAGCAUGGGCAACUUGGACAUGGUGAUGUUAAUUCCAGGGGAUGUCCUACUUUGGUGCAAGCAUUACCAGGUCCUAGUACACAAGUUACUGCGGGAAGCAACCAUACAGCUAUUCUCUUAAUGGAUGGCCAGGUUUUCACAUUUGGAAGUUUCUCAAAAGGUCAGCUUGGUAGACCAAUUCUGGAUAUGCCCUACUGGAAUGCGAAACCAGCACCUAUGCCUAAUAUUGGUUCUAAAUAUGGACGCAAAGCAACAUGGAUUGGAGCAAGUGGAGACCAGACUUUCCUCCGGAUUGAUGAAGCUCUCAUUAAUUCUCAUGUGCUUGCUACAUCAGAGAUAUUUGCAAGCAGGCAUAUAAUAGGUUUGGUACCAGCUUCAAUAUCAGAACCUCCUCCUUUUAAGUGUCUUCUGAUAAACAAAGUAGAUGGCAGUUGCAAAACAUUCAAUGAUUCUGAGCAGGAAGACCUUCAAGGUUCUGGUGUGUGUCUGGAUCCUGUCUAUGAUGUUAUUUGGAGGUUUCGACCAAACGCUAGGGAACUGUGGAGCUACAAUGCCGUAGUUGCGGAUUCCAGACUUCCCUCAGCUCCAGACAUGCAAUCCCGGUGUAGUAUUUUGAGUCCAGAACUUGCUCUGCCAACAUGUUCCAAAGCUCUAACCACCAGAUCUCAUGCAGCUUUGCACAUUCUAGGUUGUCUUGAUACUUUGGCUGCUAUGCAGGACUUAAAAAUGGGUAUAGCAAAUACAGAAGAAGAGACUCAAGCAGUAAUGAAAGUUUAUUCUAAAGAAGACUAUAGCGUUGUUAACAGAUUUGAAAGUCAUGGAGGUGGCUGGGGUUAUUCAGCCCACUCAGUAGAAGCUAUCCGUUUCUGUGCUGAUACAGAUAUUUUGUUAGGUGGUCUUGGUCUUUUUGGAGGAAGGGGUGAAUACACUGCUAAAAUAAAGUUGUUUGAAUUGGGUCCAGAUGGGGGAGACCAUGAGACUGAUGGUGACCUUCUUGCUGAAACAGAUGUCUUAGCAUAUGACUGUGCUGCUAGAGAGAAAUAUGCAAUGAUGUUUGAUGAACCAGUACUACUACAAGCUGGCUGGUGGUACGUAGCCUGGGCAAGAGUGUCAGGACCUAGCAGUGACUGUGGAUCUCAUGGACAGGCCUCUAUUACUACAGAUGAUGGUGUUGUCUUUCAAUUUAAAAGUUCCAAGAAAUCAAAUAAUGGUACAGAUGUUAAUGCAGGGCAGAUCCCACAGUUACUGUACAGGCUACCAACAAGCGAUGGCAGUGCAUCCAAAGGAAAACAGCAAACCAGUGAACCUGUUCAUAUUUUAAAGAGAUCUUUUGCCAGAACUGUUUCAGUGGAAUGCUUUGAGUCUUUAUUGAGCAUUCUUCACUGGAGCUGGACAACGCUGGUGCUAGGAGUUGAAGAACUUCGUGGACUGAAAGGAUUCCAAUAUACUGCUACUCUUUUGGAUCUAGAAAGGUUGCGUUUUGUGGGUACUUGCUGUCUGAGGUUACUGAGGGUCUAUACCUGUGAAAUAUAUCCAAUAUCAGCAACAGCUAAGGCGGUUGUAGAAGAAACCAGUAAACUGGCAGAUUGCAUUGGAAAAACUAGGACUUUGCUGAGAAAAAUUCUAUCUGAAGGAGUUGAUCAUUGCAUGGUCAAGUUGGACAAUGAUCCUCAAGGAUAUCUCAGUCAGCCCUUGAGUCUUUUAGAAGCUGUUCUUCAAGAAUGCCAUAAUACUUUUACAGCUUGCUUUCAUUCAUUUUAUCCAACGCCAUCUCUCCAGUGGGCAUGUCUUUGUGACUUGCUGAAUUGUUUGGACCAGGAUAUCCAGGAAGCAAAUUUCAAAACCUCCAGUAGUCGGCUUCUUGCUGCUGUUAUGUCUGCUCUAUGCCACACGUCAGUAAAACUGACCUCUAUCUUUCCAAUUGCUUAUGAUGGAGAAGCAUUGCUGCGAUCAGUGGUCAAACAAGUCAGCACUGAGAAUGACUCUGCUCUGGCCCAUCGUUUCCCCCUUUUAGUUUCACAUAUGGAAAAACUGAGUCAGAGUGAAGAAAAUGUUUCAGGGAUGACAAGCUUUCGGGAAGUGCUGGAAAAGAUGUUGGUCAUUGUUGUUUUACCAGUCCGGAACACCCUUAGGCGAGAAAAUGAACUUUUCUCUUCACAUCUGGUUUCUAAUACCUGUGGGUUGCUUGCUAGUAUUGUGAGUGAGCUUACAGCAUCAGCAUUAGGAUCUGAGGUUGAUGGACUGAACUCUCUUCAUUCUGUCAAAUCCACUCCAAACAGAUUCACUAAAACAAGUCAGGGAAGAAGCUGGAAUACUGGGAAUGGAUCUCCCGAUGCAAUAUGUUUCUCAGUGGACAAAGCUGGUGUCGUUGUAGUAGGAUUUUCUGUUUACGGUGGAGGGGGAAUUCAUGAAUAUGAGCUGGAAGUAUUAGUUGAUGAUAGUGAUCAUACUGGAGAUUCAACUCAUUCUCAUAGAUGGACAUCAUUAGAGUUGGUUAAAGGAACUUACACCACAGACGAUUCUCCCAGUGACAUAGCUGAAAUUAGACUUGACAAAGUUGUGCCACUGAAGGAAAAUGUGAAAUAUGCAGUUCGUUUAAGGAAUUACGGAAGCCGAACUGCCAAUGGAGAUGGAGGAAUGACCACAGUUCAGUGUCCUGAUGGUGUAACAUUUACUUUUAGUACGUGUAGUCUGAGCAGUAAUGGCACAAACCAAACACGGGGACAAAUUCCACAGAUUCUGUAUUACAGGAGUGAGUAUGAUGGAGAUCUGCAAUCACAGCUUUUGAAUAAAGCUAAUGAAGAAGACAAAAAUUGUAGCAGGGCUCUUUCUGUUGUGAGUGCUGUUGUACGAGCAGCCAAAGACCUGUUGCACAGGGCUCUUGCUGUGGAUGCUGAAGACAUUCCAGAACUACUCAGCUCUUCCAGUCUGUUCUCAAUGCUGCUUCCCCUCAUAAUAGCUUACAUAGGACCAGUUGCAGCAGCAAUCCCCAAGGUUGCUGUAGAGGUCUUUGGUCUAGUACAACAAUUACUUCCUUCUGUGGCAGUUCUGAAUCAGAAAUACGCUCCUCCAGCUUUUAACCCCAAUCAGUCUACAGACAGCACUACAGGAAACCAGCCAGAGCAAGGGCUUUCAGCUUGUACUACCUCUAAUCACUAUGCUGUUGUGGAAAGUGAACAUCCCUAUAAACCUGCCUGUGUUACACACUACAAGGUAACCUUUCCUGAAUGUGUCAGAUGGAUAACAAUAGAAUUUGACACUCAGUGUGGCACUGCUCAAUCAGAGGAUGUUCUUCGUUUACUAAUUCCUGUCAGAAUUGCACAGAGUCUGGGAUUUGGACCAAAACAUGCUUCUGUUCAUGAAAAUCUUAAUUCAUGGAUAGAACUCAAAAAAUUCUCAGGAUCUUCAGGAUGGCCUACAAUGGUAUUAGUACUGCCAGGAAAUGAAGCUCUAUUUUCUCUGGAGACUGCAUCAGACUAUGUGAAAGAUGAAAAAGCUUGUUUUUAUGGUUUCAAAUGUUAUGCAAUUGGAUAUGAAUUUAGCCCAGGAUCUGAUGAGGGUAUUAUUCAGCUGGAAAAAGAAUUGGCCAAUUUAGGAGGGUCAUGCGCAGCAGCUUUGAUGAAGAAAGAUCUAGCACUUCCUAUUGCAGGUAAUGAAUUUGAAGAAGACCUUGAGAUUCUUGAGGAGGCUGCUUUACAGGUGUGCAAAUCUCAUUCUGGAAUACUUGGAAAAGGGUUGGCACUAUCUCACUCACCAACAAUAUUGGAAGCUCUUGAAGGAAGUCUUCCACUGCAAGUACAAAGCAAUGAGCAGUCUUUUCUGGAGGAUUUCAUUGCUUGUGUACCAGGAUCAAGUGGUGGACGUCUUGCCAGAUGGCUUCAGCCAGAUUCAUAUGCCGAUCCUCAAAAGACAUCACUGAUUUUGAAUAAGGAUGAUAUUCGUUGUGGUUGGCCAACUGUUAUUACAGUACAAACAAAAGACCAGUAUGGGGACGUUGUUCAUGUUCCUAAUAUGAAGGUAGAAGUCAAAGCUAUUCCUGUUUCUCAGAAAAAAACAUCCUUGCAACAAGAGCAAGUUAAAAAGGUACAACGGAUACCUGGGAGUCCUGCUGCCGCUGCUUCCCCUAGCACUGAUAUGACUUUUGGAGGUCUUCCUUCACCAAAGCUUGAUUCUUCAUAUGAGCCAAUGAUAGUAAAAGAAGCUCGAUAUAUUGCCAUUACAAUGAUGAAGGCAUAUGAAAAUUAUUCUUUUGAAGAACUGCGCUUUGCUUCACCAACACCAAAGAGACCCAGUGAAAACAUGCUGAUCAGAGUCAAUAAUGAUGGUACAUACUGUGCAAACUGGACUCCCGGAGCUGUUGGUCUCUAUACUGUUCACGUUACUAUAGAUGGCAUUGAAAUAGAUGCUGGGCUAGAAGUAAAAGUGAAAGAUCCUCCAAAGGGAAUGAUACCGCCUGGAACCCAACUUAUUAAACCAAAGGCAGAGCCUCAGCCAAACAAGGUUCGCAAAUUUGUGGCCAAGGACAGUGCAGGGCUUCGUAUCCGUAGCCACCCUUCCCUUCAGAGUGAGCAGAUAGGCAUAGUGAAAGUCAAUGGAUCCAUCACUUUCAUUGACGAGAUCCACAAUGAUGAUGGUGUUUGGCUGAGGCUGAAUGAUGAGACAAUAAAGAAGUAUGUUCCUAACAUGAAUGGUUACACUGAAGCCUGGUGUCUCUCUUUUAACCAGCAUCUUGGCAAGAGCCUUCUGGUACCUGUUGACGAGUCUAGAUCUAGUACUGGUGAUUUUUUCAAAGAUCUGAAUUCACACUGCCCACAGGAAGCAGUGAUGCAAGAACAAGAUAUGUCAUUACUUCGAGGUGGUCCUGGAGUGUACAAGGUAGUGAAGACUGGCCCAUCAGGUCACAACAUCAGAAGCUGCCCUAACCUUAGAGGUAUCCCAAUUGGAAUGUUAGUUCUGGGAAACAAAGUCAAAGCAGUGGGCGAGGUGACUAAUUCAGAAGGUACAUGGGUGCAAAUGGAUAAGAACAGCAUGGUAGAGUUCUGUGAAAGCGAUGAAGGCGAGGCGUGGUCGUUAGCUAGAGACAGAGGUGGAAACCAGUACCUCCGACAUGAAGAUGAGCAAAUUCUUCUAGAUCAGAACGUUCAGACUCCUCCUCCAAGUCCAUUUUCAAUGCAAGUUUUCAGUAAGGGGACGAGCUGUAGUAAUGGACAAGGGUUUGAUUACGGCCUUGGAAAUAACAAAGGUGACCAACUGAGUGCCAUACUGAAUUCCAUUCAGUCACGGCCAAAUCUCCCAGCUCCUUCCAUCUUUGAUCAAGCUGCAAAACCUCCCUCUUCCCUAGUCCACAGUCCAUUUGUGUUCGGACAGCCCCUUUCCUUCCAGCAGCCUCAGCCACAGCUUCAGAACACUCCAUCCUGCUGCCUUGCUUCUCGUGAGCGUAUUUACAAAACUAGUGAUGUAGCUGGGCCUGCCUCUGCUAUUUCAUCUCUCUGUCACAAACUAAAGGGUGACCGAGUGAAUUUCUCAGGAGCUGCUAGACCUAUUUCUCCAGCAGGAAAAUCAGACAUGUCAUCAAAACACAGAGCUGACAGCAGGUCACCGAAGCUUGAUGUGCGAAUUAAUAGAACUGCUGCUGACCAGAAGAAACCUAGAAAUACUGACGGCCUAACAGCCAGUGAAUCUCUGCUGCUGAAGUCAGAUGCUGCAAAGUUGCGGUCAGAUUCUCACAGCAGAUCUUUGUCUCCAAAUCAUAAUACUUUGCAAACACUAAAAACUGAUGGAAGAACUACAACUGGUCUGAGAGCUGAAUCUCCAGGACCAGGAACUCGGUCAUCUUCUCCAAAGACAAAGACACUUACAGCAGUUAGAUCUGGUGCUAGUUCUCCACGAUCCUCAUCACCCCAUGAUAAAACGGUACCACAGAAAGCUUCAUCUCCUGUAAAAACAAAGCUUGAUCCUCCUCGAGAACGAUCCAAAUCAGAUUCUUACACAUUAGAUCCAGACACUCUUCGCAAAAAGAAAGUGCCACUAACAGAAUCUUUAAGGGGGAGAUCAACUUCACCCAAACCAAAAAUUAUUACAAAGGAUGUGACACCUACAGAAACCGAAAAUAGAGCUCCAUCCCCUCAUGUCGUCCAAGAAAACCUUCACAGUGAGGUUGUUGAAGUGUGUACUUCAAGUACUCUAAAGACUAACAGCAUUACAGAUAGCACUUGUGAAGACAGCACAGAAUUCAGAAGUCUAGACGACAGUUCUAGUAAAGUUCAUUUCAGCAUAGGGAAAGCACCUCUGAAAGAUGAGCAAGACAUGAGAGCAUCUCCAAAAGUGAGCCGUAAAUGUGCUGGUAGGCAUACAAGACCCAAAAAAGAGAAAUCCAAUUUUCUUUUUAAAGGAGAUGGCUCCAAGUCCAUAGAGCCAGCCAAGCAAGCAAUGUCACCUUCUGUUGCAGAAUGUGCUAGAGCUGUGUUCGCUGCUUUUCUUUGGCAUGAAGGAAUAGUUCACGAUGCUAUGGCUUGUUCAUCUUUUUUGAAGUUUAAUCCAGAGCUGUCCAAAGAGCAUGCACCAAUACGAAGCAGUCUCAGUCAACAACCUGCAGAGGAAAAAGAAACCAAGUUGAAAAAUAGGCAUUCAUUGGAAAUAUCCUCUGCUCUUAACAUGUUCAACAUUGCUCCCCAUGGACCAGAUAUAUCUAAAAUGGGCAGCAUCAACAAAAACAAGGUCCUUUCAAUGUUGAAAGAACCACCUUUGCAUGAAAAGUGUGAGGAUGGAAAAAUUGAAACUACCUCCUUUGAAACAUCCAGUCAUCACACUAUGAAAUCCAAGUCUCCUCUUCCAUUAACACUGCAGCACUUGGUAGCUUUUUGGGAAGAUAUUUCUUUAGCAACUAUUAAAGCAGCUUCCCAAAAUAUGAUUUUUCCAAGUCCUGGUUCUUGUGCAGUGUUAAAGAAGAAGGAAAAUGACAAAGAUAACAAGAAAACCAAGAAAGAGAAAAAGAAAAAAGAAAAGGUUGAGGCCAGACCAAGGGGAAAUCUUUUUGGUGAGAUGGCCCAACUAGCUGUAGGAGGACCUGAAAAAGACACAAUCUGUGAGUUGUGUGGAGAAUCACAUCCAUAUCCAGUGACUUACCACAUGAGACAAGCUCAUCCAGGUUGUGGUCGUUAUGCUGGUGGCCAAGGUUAUAAUAGCAUAGGACACUUCUGUGGAGGAUGGGCUGGUAAUUGUGGUGAUGGUGGUAUUGGAGGAAGCACUUGGUAUUUGGUAUGUGAUCGAUGCAGAGAAAAAUACCUCCGUGAAAAGCAAGCAGCAGCAAGAGAGAAGAUUAAGCAAUCUAGGAGAAAACCAAUGCAAGUUAAGACUCCUCGUGCCUUGCCAACUAUGGAAGCUCACCAAGUGAUUAAAGCUAACGCACUGUAUUUGCUGUCGCUGAGCAGUGCUGCUGAGCCUAGUAUCCUCUGCUAUCACCCUGCAAAAGCAUUCCAAUCUCAACUUCCAAGUCUAAAAGAAGGAAUUUCUGAAGAUUUUCCCAUAAAAAUGCCAUGUCUGUAUCUACAGACUUUAGCAAGGCAUCAUCAUGAAAACUUUGCUGGAUACCAGGAUGACAACCUCUUCCAGGAUGAAAUGAGGUACCUCCGCUCAACUUCUGUACCUGCACCAUACAUCUCAGUUACUCCUGAUGCAAGCCCUAAUGUCUUUGAAGAACCAGAGAGUAACAUGAAAUCUAUGCCCCCCAGGUACUUCUCGUCUAGUUUGGAAACCAGUCCAAUAACAGAUACAGACCUUGCAAAGCGCACAGUUUUUCAAAGGUCAUAUUCAGUUGUUGCAUCAGAAUAUGACAAACAGCACUCCAUUUUGCCAGCACGUGUAAAGGCAAUCCCCAGGCGACGAGUUAACAGUGGAGAUGCAGAAGUGGGGUCCUCUCUCCUGAGACAUCCAUCUCCUGAACUUUCUCGGUUAAUCUCCGCCCACAGCUCUCUUUCCAAAGGAGAGAGAAACUUCCAGUGGCCGGUGUUGGCAUUUGUAAUCCAGCAUCAUGAUCUGGAAGGACUUGAAAUAGCAAUGAAACAAGCCUUACGGAAAUCUGCUUGCCGAGUAUUUGCCAUGGAGGCUUUUAACUGGCUUCUUUGUAAUGUCAUUCAAACAACUUCUCUUCAUGAUAUUUUAUGGCAUUUUGUGGCUUCCCUGACUCCUGCACCUGUAGAACCUGAAGAGGAGGAGGAUGAAGAAAAUAAAUCAAAUAAAGAAAAUGCAGAACAAGAGAAAGACACAAGAGUGUGUGAACAUCCUCUGUCUGAUAUAGUGAUUGCUGGGGAAGCAGCUCAUCCAUUACCCCACACUUUUCACCGUCUACUCCAAACGAUCUCUGAUCUCAUGAUGUCUCUGCCCAGUGGUAGUGCAUUACAGCAAAUGGCCUUAAGGUGUUGGAGUCUCAAAUUCAAACAAUCUGACCAUCAGUUCCUGCACCAGAGCAAUGUUUUCCAUCAUAUCAACAAUAUUUUGUCUAAAUCUGACGAUGGAGAUAGUGAAGAAAGUUUUAGUAUCAGUAUACAGUCAGGUUUUGAAGUCAUGAGUCAGGAACUGUGUAUAGUGGUUUGUCUAAAAGACCUAACAAGCAUUGUUGACAUUAAAACAUCAAGUCGACCUGCCAUGAUUGGUAGUUUAACAGAUGGAUCUACAGAAACAUUCUGGGAGUCAGGAGAUGAAGAUAAAAACAAAACUAAAAACAUCACAAUUAACUGUGUAAAAGGAAUCAAUGCACGCUAUGUGUGUGUUCAUGUAGACAAUUCCAGAGAUCUUGGGAACAAAGUGACUUCAAUGACUUUCCUAACUGGUAAGGCAGUAGAAGAUCUCUGCAGAAUAAAGCAGGUAGACUUGGAUUCAAGACAUAUUGGCUGGGUAACGAGUGAACUUCCUGGGGGUGAUAAUCACAUCAUCAAAAUUGAAUUGAAGGGUCCUGAGAACACACUCAGAGUUCGACAAGUGAAAAUUCUUGGAUGGAAAGAUGGCGAAAGCAUUAAAAUAGCAGGCCAGAUUUCUGCAAGUGUAGCUCAGCAAAGAAACUGUGAAUCUGAGACACUGCGAGUAUUCCGACUUAUUACAUCUCAGGUUUUUGGAAAACUCAUCUCUGGUGAUGCUGAACCAACUCCAGAACAAGAAGAAAAAGCCCUCCUGUCUUCCCCAGAAGGAGAAGAAAAAGUACACAAUGCAACAUCAGAUGCAGACCUGAAAGAGCACAUGGUAGGGAUCAUAUUCAGCCGGAGCAAACUGACAAAUUUGCAAAAGCAGGUAUGUGCUCAUAUAGUCCAGGCCAUAAGAAUGGAAGCAACCCGUGUGCGUGAGGAAUGGGAGCAUGCCAUCUCUAGCAAAGAGAAUGCCAACUCACAACCUAAUGAUGAAGAUGCUUCUUCUGAUGCGUAUUGCUUUGAGCUGCUGUCAAUGGUUCUGGCAUUGAGUGGUUCCAAUGUAGGCCGGCAGUAUCUGGCUCAGCAGCUGACUCUGCUCCAGGAUCUCUUCUCGUUACUACAUACCGCUUCUCCGAGGGUGCAGAGACAGGUAACAUCUCUACUAAGGCGUGUUUUGCCUGAGGUAACCCCUAGUCGCCUGGCUAGUAUCAUAGGAGUGAAGUCUCUUCCACCAGCGGAUAUAAGUGAUAUUAUUCACUCAACAGAAAAAGGAGAUUGGAAUAAACUGGGUAUUUUAGAUAUGUUUUUGGGAUGCAUUGCCAAAGCUCUCACUGUACAGCUAAAAGCCAAAGGAACUACUAUUACUGGGACAGCUGGCACUACCGCAGGCAAAGGAGUUACUACAGUCACACUUCCAAUGAUCUUCAAUUCCAGCUAUAUUCGGCGAGGUGAAAGCCAUUGGUGGAUGAAGGGUUCAACACCUACACAGAUUUCAGAGAUCAUUAUUAAACUGAUUAAGGACAUGGCAGCAGGUCAUCUGUCAGAGGCUUGGUCCCGUGUGACAAAGAAUGCUAUUGCUGAAACCAUCAUAGCUCUGACCAAAAUGGAAGAAGAAUACCGAUCACCAGUGAGGUGCAUUGCAACAACCAGAUUAUGGCUGGCCCUAGCAUCCUUGUGUGUACUUGAUCAGGAUCAUGUUGAUAGACUGUCCUCGGGAAGAUGGAUGGGAAAGGACGGACAGCAGAAACAGAUGCCAAUGUGCGAUAACCACGAUGAUGGUGAAACUGCUGCCAUCAUUUUAUGUAAUGCCUGUGGGAAUUUGUGUACAGAUUGUGACCGAUUCCUUCAUCUCCAUCGACGAACAAAAACUCAUCAGAGACAGGUAUUCAAAGAAGAAGAAGAAGCUAUCAAAGUUGAUCUGCACGAAGGUUGUGGUAGGACAAAGCUUUUCUGGCUGAUGGCAUUAGCAGAUUCUAAAACUAUGAAAGCUAUGGUGGAGUUCAGAGAACAGACAGGCAAACCAACCACCAGCAGUUCUGAAGCGUGUCGCUUCUGUGGUUGUAGGAGUGGAACAGAAUUAUCAGCAGUGGGAAGUGUUUGUUCUGAUACAGAUUGCCAGGAGUAUGCUAAAAUUGCCUGCAGCAAGACACAUCCCUGUGGCCAUCCAUGUGGCGGUGUUAAGAAUGAAGAGCACUGUUUACCAUGUUUGCAUGGUUGUGAUAAGAAUGCUACAACUCUUAAGCAAGAUGCUGAUGACAUGUGUAUGAUCUGUUUUACUGAAGCACUUUCAGCAGCACCGGCUAUCCAGUUGGACUGCAGCCAUGUUUUCCAUUUGCAAUGCUGUCAACGAGUACUUGAAAACAGAUGGCUUGGGCCAAGGAUAACUUUUGGGUUUAUGUCCUGUCCUAUUUGCAAGAACAAAAUCAAUCAUACAGUAUUAAAAGACUUGCUUGAUCCAAUCAAAGAACUUUAUGAAGAUGUAAGGAGAAAAGCAUUAAUGAGAUUGGAGUAUGAAGGACUGCACAAGAGUGAGGCCAUUACAACACCAGGUGUUAGAUUUUACAAUGACCCAGCUGGCUAUGCCAUGAACAGAUAUGCUUAUUAUGUUUGCUACAAGUGCAAAAAGGCGUAUUUUGGUGGUGAAGCUCGGUGUGAUGCCGAGGCUGGACAAGGAGAUGACUAUGAUCCAAGAGAGCUUAUCUGUGGUGCAUGCUCUGAUGUUUCAAGGGCUCAGAUGUGUCCCAAACACGGUACAGAUUUCUUAGAGUAUAAAUGUCGCUACUGCUGUUCAGUUGCUGUUUUUUUCUGUUUCGGGACAACACAUUUUUGCAAUGCUUGCCAUGAUGAUUUCCAAAGAAUGACAAGCAUCCCUAAAGAAGAACUCCCACACUGUCCUGCAGGUCCCAAAGGUAAACAACUUGAAGGAACCGAAUGUCCACUUCAUGUUGUCCAUCCACCUACCGGUGAAGAAUUUGCUCUGGGUUGUGGAGUUUGCAGAAAUGCUCACACUUUUUAGACUUUUUAAAAACAAAACAAAAAAAAAAGCAGAGCAAAAUAGGUGUCCUCAUCCCUCAAAUGUCCUAAAAAUAAAGUCCAGUUGGGAUGAGGAUGGGACCAUUCCAUAACCCAGGUAAAAGGAACAAUUUGCAGUGCAAGAAGGAUGCCAAAACCAUGUACAUAAUUCUUGCUGUGAGAAGUUGACAUUUUUUUGAACCGAGACAUCAAAACUUGUGAGGUGUUUGCAUGUGGCCAUUACAGUCAUCGGCUAGGAAACAUUGAACAUUUACAAAUAAAUAAUUGCUAUUAAAGGAUCUGUGUGUCUGUGGACUAUGAAUGAUGAUGGCUUUCAGGAGAAAGAAAAAAAUAUUGAUUAUUGUAUACUGACUUUUUGUAAUCUUGUACAAUUGUAACGCAUCACAAGUGGGGAUGGGAAAGAAGAAUAUUCUGGUUUAUUUCCUAGACUGUUAUUAAAAAAAAAUUGUGUUAGGAAGACAUAAAUGUAACAAGUAUCAUGCUGUAUAUAAAGGUAUCAAUGUUUGUCCUGUAUAAGAAUUAAGUUACAACAGCAGUUUCAUUUAAACUUCUGGGUUAUGUUUGAGCCUGAAAUUUUAAUGAAGUGCAAUACUGAGUGUGCCUCAUAUCUCGCAGCUGUAAACACAAUGGAAUGUACAUGUCAAUAAAGCCACUGUACAUUUUUAUACA